ACGGUUCUUGGAGUCACAGCCCCCUUUGGGGGACGCGAAUGUCGGGCAGUUCUGGCCCGUGGAGCCUACCCGGGACAAGCAUCUAAGGAAUGGGUUGCGACUUGGUUCAGACUUUACUCAGGCAGUGUUUCAGGCAGCCCCAACGGGGUCCUCCCGGGGCCUUGGUGCCUUUGAACUGCUGUGGCGGGCGGGCACACGGUCUCCCCCACUGCUUAGAGUCGGGCCCGCCAUCUCCAUGGCCACGGCUACGAGUGGACCCUGCGCCGGCGGGUCGCGGGACAUCCUGUGGCGCGUUUUGGGCUGGAGGAUAGUUGCAAGUGUUGUUUGGUCAGUGUUGCUUCUACCCAUCUGUGCUACGGUAUUUAUAGUCUUCAGCAGUAUUGAUUUAUUUCAUCCCAUACAGUGGCUGUCAGAUUCUUUCAAUGAUCUAUAUAGCUCCUAUGUAAUCUUUUACCUCCUGCUGCUGUCAGUGGUAAUAAUAAUAAUAAGUAUUUUCAAUGUGGAGUUCUAUGCAGUUAUGCCUUCCAUUCCAUGUUCCAGACUGGCCCUGAUAGGGAAGAUCUUUCAUCCCCAGCAACUCAUGCACUCUUUUGUUCAUGCUGCCUUGGGAAUGGUGAUGGCUUGGUGUGCAGCAGUGAUAACUAAGGGCCGAUACAGUUUUCUUGUGGUUCCCUGCUCUGAUACUGAGAGUUUAGAUAGCUCUGCAGCACGAAACUGUUUAAAUGAAUAUCACCUUUUUUUCCUACUGGCUGGAGCAUUCAUGGGCUAUAGCUAUAGCCUUCUGUAUUUUGUUAACAACAUGAACUAUCUCCCAUUUCCCAUCAUACAGCAAUACAAGUUCUUGCGGUUUAGGAGAUCUCUACUCUUACUCAUUAAGCAUAGUUGUGUGGAAUCACUGUUCCUGGUUAGAAAUUUCUGCAUUGUGUAUUAUUUUCUUGGUCAUAUUCCCAAAGCUUGGAUUAGCACUGCUAUGGACCUUCUCAUAGAUGAGCAGUUUCAUAGGCCCCUUGACACCAUAAGUGGCCUCUUGAGCCUCCCGUUACUCUAUCAUAUCUGGCUGUGCGGUGUCUUCCUCCUGACGACUUGGUACAUCUCAUGGAUACUAUUCAAAAUCUAUGCUACAGAGGCUCAUGUGUUCCCCGUUCAGCUACCAUUUGCAGAGGAGUCAGAUGAAUGCCUCCCAAAAGUUUUAAACAGCAAUCCCCCACUCAUCAUAAAGUAUUUAGCCUUGCAAGACCUGAUGUUACUUUCUCAGUAUUCUCCUUCUCGAAGACAAGAAGUUUUUAGCCUUAGCCAACCAGGUGGACACCCCCACAACUGGGCAGCCAUUUCAAGAGAGUGUUUGAAUCUUUUAAAUGAUAUGACUCAGAAAUUGGUUCUCUACCAAGAAGCUGCUGCUACAAAUGGGAGAGUGUCUUCAUCAUACCCAGUGGAACCUAAGAAAUUGAAUUCUCCAGAAGAAACUACUUUUCAAACACCAAAAUCUAGUCAGAUGCCUCGAUCUUCAGUGCCACCAUUAGUUAAAACAUCAUUGUUUUCUUCAAAAUUAUCUACACCUGAUGUUUCAAGUCCUUUUGGGUCCCCGUUUGGCUCUAGUAUGAUGAAUCGAAUGGCUGGAAUUUUUGAUGUAAACACCUGCUAUGGGUCACCGCAAAGUACUCAGUUAAUAAGAAGGGGGCCAAGAUUAUGGACUUCUGCUUCUGAUCAGCAAAUGUCGGAAUUUUCUAAUCCUUCUAUGGAGAACAUGGGCACUUCUAUGAGUGCUGAGGGUAAGACUGUGAGACAACCCAAUGUGAUUUAUUCAUGGAUUCAGAAUAAACGUGAACAGAUUAAGAAUUUCUUGUCAAGACGGGUGUUGAUAAUGUAUUUUUUCAGUAAGCAUCCAGAGGCCUCAAUUCAGGCUGUGUUUUCAGAUGCCCAAAUGCAUAUUUGGGCAUUAGAAGGUCUAUCACACUUGGUAGCAGCAUCAUUUACAGAAGAUAGAUUUGGAGUUGUUCAGACAACGUUACCAGCUAUCCUUAAUACUUUGUUAACACUGCAGGAGGCAGUUGACAAGUACUUCAAGCUUCCUCAUGCAUCCAGUAAACCACCCCGGAUUUCAGGAAGCCUUGUGGACACUUCUUAUAAAACAUUAAGAUUUGCAUUCAGAGCAUCACUGAAAACUGCCAUCUAUCGAAUAACUACUACAUUUGGUGAACAUCUGAAUGCUGUGCAAGCAUCUGCAGAACAUCAGAAAAGACUUCAACAGUUCUUGGAGUUCAAAGAAUAGUUAAGUAAUAUAAACUGUGUUCAUUACACUGCUGAUACAACUACAGAUGGGACAGUAAAUGUUCAGCAUUCUUGGAUCAGAAGAAAAUGGACUAAUUAGAUGCUUCCUUUGUCGUGGUGGUUGCUUUGAAAACUAUACUUUAAUGGGAGAAAUCAUGGAAAGAAAUUCUCAACAGAAAAACGAAAACUGCCUCUUCUGUACCGAUUGCUUUUUGUGUGUGUGGUAUAAUAAAAUCUUUAUUCAAUUUUAUAG